ACGUGAGAAAAUUCGUCGUAGAAAGAGAACAAAAAAAUUUCUCAAAAUAAAUAAAAACCCAGCAGUGUUGUUCCCUUCAUCAGUUCCCAACACCCCCCAUUUUCCCCCAUAAAUUCUCCCUCUCUUCCCCACCAUUGCCAACCCCCCCACCCCAAAAAUCGACGAAUCGAGUCUGCUCCCCUAGAGCUAGUGCAAAUCUCGGCGGAUGCAUGUUUUCUUAAGGGAUUCUUACCGACGACGAACGACUAAAAUUCGACGCGUACCAUUUUACAACAAUUUCCCGCAGUGUUAGUCAUUGUUAAUCACCGAGUGUUGUCCCCAAAAGUACGUAUUAACAUUAAAAAAAUUAAUAAUAACCCUUAAAUGUGAGUGAUACCCAGUGAUAAAACAUUUUGAGUUUGGAAUUAAGACGAGGAAAUAUUAAGGCGAUUGAUUGAGUUCUGGAGUAUUUUAUUAAUUGAUGGAUUACCUUGAGGAUCCAGACUCGGCCGAAAGUACCAUGGAGACAGGUAGCAAUUUGCCGGCAGCGGGCAAUUACCCCGUUGGCAAUCGUCAGCAAUUCUGUGUAUCCUGGAACUCUCAUCAGUCUAAUAUGCACAGUGCAUUUCCAAAAUUACUGAGCUCAGAGCAGUUCGUUGAUGUGACGCUGGCCUGCGAUGGUGGCUCGAUAAAGUGCCACAAAGUCGUCCUCUCGGCGUGCAGUGAUUAUCUGGAGAGACUACUCCUGGAGAUACCCUGUACCCAUCCGAUAAUAUUCCUCAGGGAUAUGCGUAUGUGGGAGUUACAGGCACUCGUUGAAUUCAUGUACCGGGGGGAGGUCUACGUUGAGGAGCAACAACUCACCAGGCUUAUGCAAGCUGCUGAGGCACUUCAGGUACGUGGACUGUCGUCCCAAGGACGGGAAGCAGCGCAAGGAGAUAGUCCAACAGCCCAGAGUUCCUCGAGCACCCCCUCAAAUCCGUCAUCACCAUCGAAGCAAACUCACUCCAGUUACAAGAACGACGAAAACUCCGCCAUGAAUUCCACCAAUGACUCCUUCCUCGAUACACCCGCCACCGUAACACCAGCCACGAUAAACAAUGCGUCAGUAACAGGUACCCUUAACAAUUCAACAGCCGCAAACAGCUCAACAUUCAUGAACAUUGAACACACCGAGGCACUACAGCAUCUUGAAAAAGCACUAAGCUCGUGCGAGGCCACAUUGACAGAAACACCUGGAAUGGUGAAGAUGGAGCCUGAUGAACAGUUCACCCAGCAGGACAAGCCUUAUUCGAUUAGUAUGGUACCAACGAGCAAUUCAAAUUGCAGCAAUCCGAGCAGCCCCUUUCCAGCUAUUGAAGUAAUAACAAAAAUUGCAGGAUAUCAAAGACGACAGCGUCGCUCGGAGGCUGAACUCAAACAGGCAUCAGACAUGGUCGCCCGUGGCAUGACAUUUCAAGUUGCUUCCGAAAAAUACAACAUUCCGAUCAGUACUAUUCGCUUCUACAUGGUCAGAAAGGGUAUUUUACAGAGGCGAAAACGUGGUCGUGGCUCGAGUAACGUAGGUGCGUCCAACAGUCAGCCCAGUAGUCCAGCGAGUCCACCGUUUCACAUGAUGAAUUAUCGUUUGCCUGAGAGCCUGAACUCGAGUCUUCAGUAGUCAAGUUUCUCCCAAAUAUUAACCAACAUAAACAAUCAAUCGGAGAAGCUCAACCAGAGUUUCUUUUUUAUUUUCCAAUGAGAUAUAUACAAAGAGGAAAAUUAAGGGCACGGGGAGAGGGAAUCGAUGAAACGUGAAUUUAAUUAAGCUAUUAAUUGUCUAAUUAGUUGAUUAACUCAUUAAUUAACUAUACAAAAGAAUAAUAAUUGUGAAAAAAUAGAGUUUUACACUCGAAUGAUUAAUUACACGACUCGAGUCCAGGUUUAUCACCAAAAAUCUCACAGGCUCACGAUAAAAAAUAAAUUAAAACAAAGAAUUGCCAGGCAAUGUCUAGAACACUUCCAGCCCGUUACAGAUUAACGAGAAAAUAAUUGAUAUAAAAUUAAUAAUAAUUAGCAACGUAAUACGAAUUAUUGUAUAGAAGAAAAAACAGUUGUUUGCAAGCAUAAUCCGGUUUAAUCAACGCGAUGUGUGUGUGCGUGUGUGUGUAGCGGAUUUUUCUUCUCAUUUUCAUUAUUAUUAUUAAUUUUAGAGGGUCCGUGUGCGAUUGUUACAAUUAUUAUUUCUCAUUUAUGAUUUUUUUCUUCCUUAUUCAUUUUUAAGUUAAACGCGAUUCAUGAGAUUAUUUUGUAUUUGAUUGGGACUGGGACUUGAAAAUUACCCGAUUAUGGGUACGAUGAGGCUCAGAGUAUACCCAAAAAGGACUUAAUGGUCGAUGAUUUUUUAAUUGUUUAUAUAAUUAAAAAAUCUUUCAUCGAUAUUUUUAUAAAGA